CAAUCUCCUUUACACUGAGCGCGCGGAAGUCAAAUGUAGAUGUCUCACUAACUCCAUGGUCUCAAUGCAUUACUAGUUACGCUGGCCGCUACUUUUUAAUUACAAAGUUAGCCAGGCAGCGAUAUAUUUUAUUAAAAAUAUAAUGUGUUCCAAAAUAAUCGCAGAGGCUCAUACGUUUUCGAAAUUUCUACGGACUUUUCAAGACGAGUGCCAGGAUUCAAGUGUUUACGAGGAAGAAAUACAAAUAUUGAAGUACCAUGGAGAUAAAUCUCCUCUACAUAAUAUCUACAGUAGCGACAGACCAGUCUUCAUCUGUGAAAAAACUGUUCCUAAAAUUGAGGAAACUUAUGAAGAGAAAGAGGAGACAGAGAGUGAUAAUGAGACUCAUGGAUCCAUUGCAGACUUGGGACCACAGCCCCUAACAAUCAUGAAAGCCAGGCAACUGCUGUCAUGGUACACCAUGUCCCAAAACUCCAAUGUGCAUUCAGGGGCAAACCCAGGCCUGAAUCCCCUUUGGGUGCGCUGCGAUAUGUCUGACCCGGCCAGAACAACCUGGUUAGGCGCAGAGACUGUUUAUUCCAGCAACAAAAUCUCCGGUGUCAAGUUGUACUCUGUGACAUGUAAAGAUGCAACUGUCAACAGAGCAUCCUUCAUCACCCUGGAUGAGCUAAAACAGGAACAUAAGAAAAGGCAUCAUCCAUCCUCAUCCUCAAUGGUCACUAAAGGCACCUCACAGUACAACCUGUUUGGCUCUACUGUUGUUGAGAACACAACAAUCGAGUCUCAGAGCAGUGUAACAGUGGACUUUAAGUGGAACCAUGUGGAGAAUAUUCUGGAGAUUCCGCCCCUGUCAUCUGUGGCAACUCUGAACAUCAAAGUAGGGAGUGGGGAUGUGAGGAGUCCAGUGUUUGAGAUGUACAGGGAACUGGAGUUUCUUCAGGACCUUGCUGAAGCCAGGAGAACUGGUGAGACUGAGUGGAGGGAACCUGUAGAGACUAGGCCUGCAGUGGACCUGAUCAAAGACUACCUGGAAGGUUUGCAGAACACAGUGAAGACUCUUCAGGAGUCUACUAGCGUAAAUGAGGUACCAAAGGUGAAGACUGAACCUGCAGAAUCAGAAACCUCGGCUUUUAACUCCCUUAUUGAACGAGGAGACCUUGACUUUGUGGAGCAGCUCUGGGUCUGGAUGAGAAAGAGUGUAACCUCCUUUCAAGACAUAGGGGACUGUCUGAAAAUGGUCAUCAAAGCUUUGCAAUAUGGGGACAUCAAACCAUGGAUUCACAGGGACAGCAGCAGCUCCCUCAGUAAGCUCAUCCUGCAGUCGUACCACGGCCAGAUGGACCCAGUGUCCCUCACUGGCCUCACCCCUGUGCACAUGCUGCUGGAGAUGGGCCUGGGCAAGAUGAGGAAGGACUACACCUACCACCUCAUGGGUAAAGAGCUGACAACGCUGAACCACCUGAGCUAUUACCUAAGCACUGAAGUCGACCUUCAAGAGCAAGUGUUGAGAGUGAGAAAGUUACACCACCUGCUGGAGAUGAUAGUGACCUGUAGUACCUUCCUGGGUCUGCCUUACGACCGUCUGUUCCUCCUCACUCAGUCCUGUUUGCAGUACUACAAAACAUUUCCCUAUGACGAGAGCCACGAGUUCAAACUUCAGAUCAAACCCGCACUGAUUAGCCAGUUUUACCAUAAAGAGCAAUCGGUGUCGUGGGGGGUGGAAGUGUCCAGUGGUCAGGGUCCCCGUGAGGUAAAGACAUCCUGGAAGCUCAGCGACCACCCCCUGGUUGACCACAUCACCUUUGACACAGGUGAGACCACAGUGAAUGGGGAUGUUGAAGAGGCAGCAUACUUUGCCACCAUGGUGUGCUGUAGCCUGGUCAGUUUGACUUGAAGUCACAACCAGGGACUGUCUCAGGAACCAUAUGGAUGAACUGACCUGCAGCUAGCAGCUGGUUGCUGGAGGAGCAGGUCUCUGUGGCCUUCCUCUUCCAGUUCUCAACCUGAAAGGGAGGGUGCUCAGUCUCGAAAUGACACAUAAAUGAUGUCGGACAUAAAUGAUCUUUAUCUCAUGCGCUACU